AUGGUUACAAAUGAGGAAUUAGUGUCGGAUGAUAUAUCAGAGAAUGAAGAAUCAUCUUUUAUGCAAAAAAUAUUCGCAUUGCCAGUGGACCCAAAAAUCCAAGAGGCAAUUUCAGAAGAGAAACCCGAAGAGGGCGAAAAUGAAACAUUUAACGAAAAUGACUCGUCUACUGAAUUAUCAGACAGUACAUUGGAUGAAGUAGAAGACAAUGAAUGGGCUGAUGUUAGCAGAGGCCGUUAUUUUGGGGCAGAUCCUUCAGAAACUAUUCUUUGUCACAAUUGUAAAGGUUUUGGACAUAUUGCAAAGGAAUGUCCUCAUACAUUGUGUACGACUUGCGGUGCUAUCGACGAUCACAUAUCUUCACGUUGCCCAAGAACGAAACGAUGUAUUAAUUGUGGCUUACUAGGCCAUAUCGCUGUGCGUUGUCCUGAAUCGCGUAGAAAAGGACCCAGAAGAUGCCUAACAUGCCAUACGGAGUCCCAUACUAGCGGAACUUGUCCCUUGAUUUGGAGAUACUAUGUUGAAUCCGAAAAUGGCGUCCGUGUAGAUCCCAAUGAAGUGAAAAAGUUUUGCUACAAUUGUGCAUCCGGGGAACAUUUUGGUGAUGAUUGCCCUCUUCCUUCUCGGUCUAAUUAUCCGGAAAGCACUGCUUUUUGUGAAGCUAAUUGUCCAACAGGAAAUGAUGUUUCAAACUCCUUUUUUAACGAAAAUCGAAGAAUAGAUAGUGCCUCUAAGAAUCGAGAUUUUGGUAAACCUAGAAAAAAUCAAAAGUACCACAAACAGCGUCCUUCAAGUGAUCUAGGCUCGCGAAUUGAUAUAAGUGACAGGCCAAAAAGGAAGCGUUUUGCCGGUAAUGAUAAAAGUGAUUUUUCGUUUCAUAACCACAGUGGAAAUUCUUCGCAAAAGAAACAGAAAAAAAUGAAGAAAAAUAAAUGGUAA